CAAGUUGAGCUGUUGAAUAAUCCUGUGAAACAAGCCUGUAGUCUGUCAGUUCAAAUUCAAAGCCAGAAAAACAGCCAGAUGUAUUGUAAGAAGAGAUUUUGUCCACGAAUUUGUUUGAAUUUUAUCAAGAGAUGAUACCAUUCGUGCUGUCAAAUCGCUGGAGCUGGAGAUUGAACCUUAAUUCAGAUUUUGAAACAUUGAAACUGCGCGUAUGAGAGCUGAAAAAUUUAAUAAUUGUUGUACUCCUCAGCAGAGAACUUUUGGUUUCUCUCCACAAUGGAUCGCUUUGUCACUUCCACUCGACCAGGUCCAUCUUCUGCUCCAAGUUUUCCAAGUGUAACAGAAAAUGCUGAAGGAAAAAAUGGUUUCCGUCCGAUUGAAGACACUGGCCCUCUUCACCUUUUCUCUGACAAGCACAACCUGAGCCCUGAUGGAUUUUGCUUCAACACCGGCGAGCAUUGGGUAUAUCCCACCAAUUACCCUGAACGGAAUUAUCAGCUGGAUAUUGUAAGAACGGCUCUCUUUCAAAAUACUCUGGUCUCUCUCCCAACAGGACUUGGCAAAACGUUCAUUGCGGCAGUGGUCAUGUUCAACUUCUACAGAUGGUUUCCAAAUAAAAAGAUUAUAUUCAUGGCACCUACAAAACCUCUGGUUGCUCAGCAAGUGAAAGCCUGCUAUGACAUUAUCGGAAUCCCCAGCACCGACACUUCAGAAUUAACAGGCACAACAAUUCCGCUCCACAGACGGCAGGAAGAGUGGCGGUCAAAGCGAAUAUUCUUUGCGACCCCACAGGUUGUGGCCAAUGACCUUGUUGGACAGGUGUGUCCAGCCGCAGACGUGUGCUGCAUUGUGUUCGACGAGGCGCACAGGGCUAAAGGUAACCAGGCUUACUGCCAGGUCAUGGCAGCCCUCAAGUCAUACAACAGCGAAUUCAGGGUUUUGGCUCUGUCAGCAACGCCGGGAUCGGACAAAACAGCCAUUGCUGAGGUGCUGAGGAAUUUAAGUAUUUCCAAACUGAAAUUGUUGACUGAUGAGAGCCCAGAAGUGAAGCAGCACUCUCACAAAAAAGAUGUUGAAGUGAUCACUGUCAGCCCAAACAACAGACUAAAGGAAAUGGGCACUAGGCUCUUAAGUAUUCUCAGCAGGUAUCUGAUGAAACUGAUGCAAAGAGGGGUGAUUCCACGAUCCUGCAAUAUUUCGAAUUUGGGCGCCUUCCAACUCAAAACUUACUACGACAAGCUGAACACAACACCUAUUCCUGGAGUUGGAUCCAUGGAGCUGAAUGACCUGAAGCACAACUGUUUAGUCGCGUUAAAUUUGUCAAAAGCCUAUGAAAUGCUCAACAGUUACGGAAAGGGAGCUUUUCUCAAUCACAUUAGUCAAACAAAGGCAGAGAGUACAAACAAGCUCCUUGUCCACACACUGGAGAAGGAUGAAGACCUCACAUCUCUGAUUAUGGAUUUGGAGUCAACAACCUUUGACCAUCCUAAAUUGCAAAAGUUGGAAGAGCUAUUGAUCAUGCAUUUUGUUGAAGCCGAGGAAAACGGUGAAAACACUAAAGUCAUCAUUUUUAGCGAGUAUCGAAAUUCCGUUUCGGAAAUCAAAGAAUUCAUCAUCAAACACAGUCCUCUGAUCAGACCGGUUGCCUUUGUCGGUCAGUCCAAGAAGGGAGGCAUCGGUCUGACUCAGCAGGAGCAGAAGAAGAUUAUGCUCGACUUCAAAGCAAACAAAAUCAACGCUUUGAUUUCAACCUGCGUGGGUGAGGAGGGCCUGGAUAUUGGUGAGGUCGAUUUGAUCAUCUGCUAUGAUGCGAACAAGUCACCAAUCCGUCUCGUCCAGAGAAUGGGUCGCACGGGCCGAAAACGUGAUGGAAGGGUUGUCCUCCUACUGACUGAAGGAAAAGAGUACCAGAAAUACAUCUCCAGCACAAAAUUGCACAGCAACGUCAAUAAGAACAUAGGAAACUGGAAUUUGAUUCCAAUUUUAAAUCAGCUGAACAGUCCUAGAAUGGUGCCUAGAGGAGUGAAUCCAGUGUUGUACAGAAAGGUUCUAGUCAUCAAAGAGGAAAAGGAAAAGGCCAAAAAUUUCUUCAAAAAGAAAUCAGGUCCUGACGCACCACCUGCGAUGUCGGUGGUUGAUACCAUCAAUAACCAGGCAAACACCUGGCAGGAGCCGAUUCCUGUGUUCAAGUACCUUGAGUCGUCGAGUGACUGCAAGUUGUUGUCCUUGUUACCUUUUGACGAAAUGAAGGAAAAACUGGUUGAAAUAGAAAACGACGAUGAAGACAAAUUUAACCCUUUCAGCUGGACUGAAUGGCUGUCUAGUGUACAAGGAACUUCUGACUCACCGCAUUCUUCAGACACCAACAAUUUGGUUGCCCUUGUGAAGUUCGCAAACCGCAUGAGUGAAAAUGACGCGACUUGCUUCACCCAGUCAACAGAAAUCGCUUCUGAAGCUGCCAAUGACAUGACAUUCUGGUCCGACAAACUAAGCAAGGAGGUGUGUGGCAAAAAAACAGCAAAGGGAAAGAAAAAUGCGAUACCGCAACAACAAAACCAGCCGUCUAUAGCCAAGAUGCUGCAGCAGAAGAAAGUGCAGAAGAAAAUCCCUCCGCCGCCUCUCUUCAAGGACGAUGAUGACGACCUUUUCAUGCUGCCUUCUGCACGGCCUGUGUCUGAAAAGGUGCAAAAAAGAUCAGUCAAGGAAGAAAUAGACAUAUUUGUGGAGAAUCUAUCCUUGCUGCACCUUUUGUUGCCUUUGAAGAAUGACUGUCCUUUGGUUCAAAUGAUGAACAGCGUUUCUCUGAUCGCCAACACAGUUGACGUGGAGGAAAAGCCAGACUUUGACUUUGAUCCACCUGACAUUUCUAUUUUGGACCAAAUCUUUGGCGAUAGAACUUUAAACAAAGCCACAGUUGAGGUUGUGAUUAAGAAGCCGGAGAUAUCAGUAGGUAGAGAUACUUUUGUCAAGAAAAAGCGGACGACUCCACUCAGAAGAUCAGCAGGCAAGUCCAAGCCAAAUGUGUCCACAGGCCGAUUUGUUCUUGCACCGAUAGCUCUUCCAAAUCCUGUGAAGUUAAAUUUUAACUUUGAUUUGGACAUAUGCAGCGACUCACUUUUGGACGAGGAAGAAGCCGAUGUAAAAGCUGAGCCAGCUGAAUCCCCAGAAAUAUCGCUCUCGGACGAGAUUCUUUGCACUACGGCUGCGGAAAUUGAACUCGACGCCGCAAUGAAAAGCUCAACAUCGUGCAUCCCCACGAGCACGCCAAAAGUAAAUUCAAAGUUCUCCAGCAAACAUGUUAUUUCUUCCGACGAAGAUUUCGACGACGAAGAACUGCUCAGACAUUGCCAAGAGAUUGAAAUGAAAGCUCUCACACAAACGCAGCAACCUGCCCCUGCCGUGGAAGAGGACGACGACGACGACGUCACGUAUAUAGAUGAAGAAUUCUUGAAGCAGGUCAGCGCCAUUGAGGAAGCUGCUAAAGCAAAAUCGAUACAGCAUGGGGAGCCCAUCACGCUCUCCACUGAUGAGGACAAAGAAGAUCAUGAUGAGUCAAAUCAUGAAAGGGACGUGGCUUUGACAACUCUGCAAUCUUCUGACAGCGGGGAAGUUAUUGAUCCCUCACGAUCUAGAAGCCAGAGUGUGGCAAGCAAACGGCCGCACAGCAUGCUAGAAGUUUCAUCAGAUUUCGCGAGUCCAGUUAAAAAACCAAAAUGCAAGAUUAGAAAGAAAAAGAGGAACCCCUUUGCACUUACUCAAGCAAGUGUAUCUGAUGAUUCCUCGUCAGGCGAGGAUAGUGCAGACAUGGACCAAUACGACCAAAGCUUCAUCAAGGAGCAAUGCACGCAGGUUGACGUUGACAUGCAGGCGGAGUACUUGAAGACCACUAGGAGCCCUCCGAUCAACCCAAAGUUCAAAAUCCCAAACCUCUUGAAUAGGAACAGAAACAAUUCCUCAGAUGAAGCAUAUUUAGAGGACUCAUUUUGUGUAGCAACAGAGGGAUCACCUGAGGAGUCUGAAGAGGACCUGUUGGAGGUGUGUGAGAAGCGGCUCAGAGAAAAGAGGAAAGCAAAAAGGUCCAGCACUGAAAACAAGAAGAAAACGAGAAUAAUUAUUAAGCCCAUCUCCAGUGAUAGUGAGGAUGAGGAAAGAAAAACAGAUAAAUCGUUCAAAACUCCUGUGAACAUUCCUUUAAAGACGUUUUCGCCUGUUGCAUCGACGUCAAAGGCUAAUUUCACAAGCUUCAAACCUGUUGAUAAACUGGAAAAAGUGCAACAGAUCCCCCCACCAGCUGCAAGUAUUGGCAGAAAGGAACAUAUUCCAGUUCCAGUUCUGGAAGUGAAGCCAUCCUUCAAACCAAAACCGUCCUUCACGCCCAAACUUACCAAUCCUGAGGAAACGGUGCCAAAACUUCCACCAGCAUCUAGGGAGCAGCAUGGGAAAACCAAUAUUAUUGCAUCCACGAAUCAAAUCCAACGGGCUCCCCAACUGGUCACGUGCCUGAGCACAAAGCACAACCUCCACGUGAUAAUUAGGACACUACCAUCUGGAGUAGAUUACGUCAUCAGCCAGCGUCUGGCGGUUGCCAGGAUCAGGGUUUCCGACACGUCUUCCUUCUUUCCCAACAGCAAGCUGGUGGACACUGCCAAGUCUCUGAGUGAAUAUUUCCAGUUUAGUCUGCUUAUUUUUGAGAACGACAAAGACUGUCCUUUGCCUGAUAUUAAAAAGAACGCUCCACUGCCUGUAAACAAGCUGAGAAGGACAAUUUGCUUCCUACAGGAGUCUAAAAUCAAAUACAUUUUCUGCAGAAAUCAAGAGGAGACUGCAGAAUAUCUUGCUAUGUUGAGCUCCAAAGAAGCAAAGGCUGAAUCUUAUGGAAUUGAUGAUUGGUUUACUGUUGAGGAAAAUAAAAACGUGCAUUUUCAAUUCUACAGUAACUUGCCACACGUGAAUAUUGUGAUGGCAUUGAAGCUCACAAAAACUUUCCCAUCAAUGAGUGAUUUUUUAGAAAGAUGCAACAGUGCCCAAGAUGUCAUGGAAAUUUUCAAAAUUAGUGAUCACAGGAAAGCGAACGAUAUUUAUAGGGUUUUGAAUGAGCCUUGGAAUUAGGUGAAAUUCCUUGUCAAGCACAAAAAAAUUGGAUUUUUAAAUUUUAGUUAAGAAUUAAAUUAUUAAAACUAUUUUAAC